GGCUUGUAGAGGCGUCCUGUAGCCUAGCAACCCCGUCCUCCAGCUGCCCCGUCCUCAGACCCUCUGACAGCUGUGUUUUUAUCUGGUGGCUGCUGAGCAUCUCUGGUUGAUCAGAAGAAACUAAUCAGUGACGACUGUCGGUCAGCUGACUUCCUGCUAUGUUCGUUUCUCAGGAACAGCGUUAAUGUCCCGGGUUAGUUUGACUCGGGGUGUGCUUAACAGAAGAAUCAGAAACCAGAAAAAUCUAAAUAAACCUGGUUAAAAUGUCAGUAUUAAGUCAGUUACUCACCAUUUCUAUCGAUAUUUAGUGCAGGGGUGUUUUACUACCUCCAGAUCAAAUAACUCUUGUCCUUUCAGGAAUUUUUCCUCCAUCCUGGUGGUUUUUCUCAAUAUGGGAUCAUUUUUCGUGAGAACGUUUUUCUGAAAGAACUUGGAAAUUCCUAUUUCAGUUUUUCUUUAGAGCCCGCACUCUACUUCAUGAGCCAGAGGACGGCAGCAGGUAGACACCUUCAAACUGACGGAGUUCAACAAAAAGCAGGCCAGCGUGAGAGGACGGUGGAAUGAAACUAAACCUAGACCCCCGCAGAGAUCCAGGAGAAAAACUGAACCACCUGGAGCAGAACGAGAGCUGAUCUCCACACAACAACAACCGUAGCCAUAGCAACCAUGCCCUGAUGGACACUGAACCCAAACCUGGACCUGCUGACCUCUGAGGACCAGAGCAGGAAGUAAACCCUCCACCAGCCUCCCGAUGGGACGUUUUCAGCCAAACGAAAGAUUUUCCCGGCUCAGACAGGUUCAGUUAGCUCGUGUUAGAAGAUGAUGGAUGGAUGGAUUUCUGAUGGAUCUCAUGAAACUGCUCUCUCUGUUUUCCACCUGACUGCGAGGAGAGUUUCUGUUCUGGGACAUCUCUGGAGCCGUUGCUAUGGUAGCUGAUCGGGAUCGAACCAGCGGCGCGGGUCAUGGGUCCAGUCAGUUGAUGGACUGGUUCAGAUGCCAGGCCGACCAGGAAGCAAUCCUGAGUCGCCGUUUGAAUGACACACCCUCCUGAAGGCAGAGAGGAUGAAGGCGGGCUGAGGCCUACCCACAGUUACCAUGACAACGGUGAAAGUGAUGGACAGCAGUUAGAGACUCCUCCGGGCUCUGGUUGGUCGGUUUUGCUCGGGCUUUGUGUAAAAUUUAUUUCAACAGCACUGAGAGAAGCGAAAGGAGGCAGACUUCGUUUUUACAGGUAGAACAGUGAACGUUCCAGAAAAGGCUCAGAGAAGUUUUAUUUACAGAGUUUGGCUGUAAACAGAUUUCAGAUGUCGGAGGAGGAGCUUGAUGUCAUUAGUGGUAAACAGCUGCAGCAGGCAGAUGUGUCCUCUGAGACGUCCAGCCUGUCUCCACGUUUCAUUCAGGACAGAGAUGAAUGUGGGCGGAGUCUGCUGCAUCUGCAGAGACGGGAGGAAGCGGGGCGUAAAAACAUGGAGGGGUGGAAUGAAAACAGACGGGUGGAGGCCAAAAUUUCAGAGCCGGGGUUCAUUUCUGCUCCUUGACUGAUGAAGCAGAGCGCCUCUUCUUCAUCACGUGACUUCAGCCUCUAGUAAACGGUCCUGUAGUGCCCUCUAGUGGUUCAAAGUUUAAUCUCUGAGUGUAGAAUCCUGCAGGCCCACAUUAAAUAAUCUGUUCUAAUGUAUGUUCAGACCAUGCUGCUCAGGAGGUCCUGGAAACGCUCCACGAAGGUAAAUCUUCACCAUCAUCUUCAUCACCGUGUGUGACAGAGCUGCACGAUGCGUCCGAGUCCCUGAUGUUUUCAGGCCAGAUGAACCCAGAACAAGAAAUCCCUCACCUUCCGCUCUCCACCCUUCACCUCCACCCUCCACCAUUCACCUUCCACCCAUCACCUUCCACCCUUCACCUCCACCUUCCACCCUCCCCUUCAUCCUCCACUCUCUAUCCUCUACUUUCCUACUUUCACCCUCAAUCGUCCAUCUUUUAACCCAUUUAUAUAUAUAUAGUAACUAUAUUUAUUAUUUAAUUAAUGCCUGAAGAUUUUUAGAUUUUCCUUUAUCCUUCUCCUACAUCUUCUCCUACAUCUUCUCCUGCAUCUUCUCCUACAUCUUCUCCUACAUCUUCUCCUACAUCUUCUCCUGCAUCUUCUCCUACAUCUUCUCCUACAUCUUCUCCUGCAUCUUCUCCUACAUCUUCUCCUACAUCUUCUCCUACAUCUUCUCCUGCAUCUUCUCCUACAUCUUCUCCUGCAGGUUCUCCUGCAUCUUCUCCUGCAGGUUCUGCAGAUGGUUCCUGGUGGCCGUCUUUAAAGCUGUGGCUAAAAAUCUAAACAGAUCAUUAAUUUAAAUGUUUGGCCUGAAAACGUCUUAAAUCUGUGUUUCUGCUCCGUCUGCUGGUGGAGUUCUUUCUGUGAAAUGAUCCGUGUUUUCCUGUGUGGACCAGCAGCAGCAGUCCCUGCGUCUCUCUGAGCUCCAUCGGAAGUCUCAGCUCUGGAGAGGAAUCGUCAGCAUUGCCCUGAUCGAAGGGCGAAACCUCACACCCAUGGACCCCAACGGGCUGAGCGACCCCUACGUCAAGUUCAGGCUGGGGCCCCAGAAGUACAAGAGCAAGACGGUGCCAAAGACGCUGAGUCCACAGUGGAGGGAGCAGUUCGACCUCCACCUCUACGAGGAGAACGGGGGCAUCCUGGAGAUCACGGUGUGGGACAGAGACACUGGGAGGAGAGACGACUUCAUCGGACGCUGCCAGCUGGACCUCUCCACCCUCACCAAGGAGCAGACCCACCACCUGGAGCUGCCGCUGGAGGAGGCCCGGGGCUUCGUGGUGCUGCUGGUCACGCUGACCGCCUCGGCCGCCGUCUCCAUCGCCGACCUGUCCGUCACACCGCUGGACGACCCGCAGGAGCGCAGAGAGAUCCUCAAACGCUACGGCGUGAGGGGCUCGUUUUCUAACCUGAAGGACGUGGGCGUCGUGCAGGUGAAGGUGCUGCGAGCUGAAGGACUCAUGGCUGCAGACGUGACCGGGAAAAGUGAUCCUUUCUGUGUCCUGGAGCUGAACAACGACCGGCUGCAGACGCACACCGUUUACAAGAACCUCCACCCGGAGUGGAACAAAGUCUUCACCUUUAACGUGAAAGACGUCCACUCGGUGCUGGAGGUGACGGUGUUUGAUGAGGACAGAGACCGGAGCGCAGACUUCCUGGGAAAAGUGGCCAUCCCUCUUUUAAACGUCUGUAACGGCCAGCAGAAGGCAUACCUGCUGAAGAACAAAGAGCUUACCGGACCCACCAAAGGAGUCCUCUUUCUGGAGAUCGAAGUCAUCUACAACACAGUCAAAGCUGCGAUGAGGACGGUGGUCCCUGCAGAGCAGAAGUACAUGGAGGAGGAGACAAAAGUCUCCAAGCAGCUGCUGCAGCAGAACUUUAACCGGGUCAAGCGCUGCAUCAUGGUCCUCCUGAGCUACGGUACCUACAUCAACAGCUGCUUCGAGUGGGAGUCUGCAAGGAGGAGCAUCAUCUCCUUCCUGCUGUUCGUGGUGGUGGUGUGGAACUUUGAACUCUACAUGCUGCCUCUUGCCCUGGUGCUGCUGCUGGUGUGGAACUACUUCUUCUCCUCGAGCAGAGACAUGGACGACAUAUCCAUGGAGGCCAUGUUUGAAUGGGACGAUGAAGAGGAGGACAAAGAAGACAAGGACUCUGAACACAAGGGCUUCAUGGACAAGCUGUACGCCAUCCAGGACGUGUUCAUCAGCGUGCAGAGCGCUCUGGACGAGGUGGCCUCGUUUGGAGAGAGGAUGAAGAACACCUUUAACUGGACAGUGCCUUUCCUCAGCUGGCUGGCAAUCACUGCUUUAUGUUUGGCCACUCUGCUCCUCUACCUCAUACCUCCACGAUACCUGCUGCUCGCCUGGGGUGUGAACAAGUUCACCAAGAAGCUCCGUGAUCCGUACAUGAUCGACAACAACGAGCUUCUUGACUUCCUGUCCAGGGUGCCGUCGGAUGUUCAAGUGAUGCAGUAUCACGAGCUGAAAGUGGAUCCUGGACAAAGUCCCAACAAGCGUCGCAGGACAAACCAGAGCUAGCUGUACACUUCCAGCUGUGAACACUGUAAAAAAUGUGGUUUCCAUAUCGUAUUCUUGUAGAUUUGGACGAUUCUGCAGAGCUCUAAUGGUUUUUUAUGUUUCUGUGGAGAGACACUGAAUUAUUUUCUAACUCAGAAACAGACUGUUUAUGUUUAUUUCUGGAAACAAGCUGAGCUCUGGCGUGUUGUUUCU